AUAUUUUACAUGAGUUUAGAAUAAUUAAAUCACAAAUAAUUAGUGUUAUAAAUGUCGGGCUAUUCAAGUGAUCGGUUCCCCGACCUGUCGGCCGAAGAUCGGGACGAAUACACGUGUAGUAUAUGUCAGGAGAUAUUCAACACUCCGGUCACCACAACCUGUUGUCUGCAGACAUUUUGCGAGCACUGUAUUAAUGAAUGGCUUAAGAAAAACACUACCUGUCCUUACGAUAGGAAACCAUUAACGAGGGACCAGCUAUCGCGUGCACCAAGAGUGAUGGUAAACACACUGGGCAGGUUUAAAAUACAGUGCGAUUAUUGGGAGAACGGGUGCCACGAUUUGAUCAAAUUGGAGGACCUGCCACACCAUACUGCCAACUGUCGCUAUAAUGACGUUAAAUGCAACAAAUGCCAGUGCGAACAGACACCGGGACACGACUGUAUUGCAGCGUUACUGGAAUUAAAUAGCAAACUACUGGCAGAGAACGAGAUGCUAAAAAUAGCUAAUUUGUCGUUAAAAAAUGACCAUGAUCAUAGUAGUGAUAGUGUUCUAGCCAUACAGUACAAGGUGGACAACCAUCAGCACCUGUAG